UCUAAAAAGGAAUUUCUUGGGUUGCUGUUGCUGAUGUGCUGUACUUCUUGCAAAAAUUUAAAAUAUUGAUACAAUUCUGUAAUUCUGUGAUGUUUUUUGUGUUGUGUGUUGAGGAUAAUAUUAUUAUGUGAAUAAAGAUUACAAAGGAUAACGUUGUAAUCAUUUUUCGAAACAUGGAGGUGUCACAUUCUUUAACACUCAAUGAGACAGCCUUGCAGCAACUGCCUGAUGAUAAGAAGCCUCACUUUAUAUUUGAGUGGCUGCGGUUCUUAGAUAAAGUUCUGGUUGCAGCACAUAAGUCGGAUCUCAAAAGCUGCCAACAGAAGUUAGUUGCUCAGUUGGUCAAUCUCCUACGCGAAAACCUUGGAGCCCCAGCUCGAAGGCUACUGGCAAGGUGUUUGGCCACAUUAUUCUCUGUGGGCGACACAUUUCUACUCUUUGACACAGUUAACAAGUGCAAUGAUAUUAUAAAAGUGAAGGAUGAUUCGCCAUCGUAUUUGCCAACUAGACUGGCUGCAAUAUGCUGCUUGGGCAGUAUGUACGAAAAGCUCGGCAGAAUGAUGGGGAGGUCUUACGAGGAAACUGUGACAACCCUCGUAAGAUCAAUGAAGAACGCAGAGUCGCAGACUCGAUUGGAGAUUAUGACUACUCUUGACAAGAUAUGCGUGGGAAUGGGAACAGCGGCUGGCGCGGCUCUUAGGGAGGUGUCGCGAGCGGCCCGCGCGGCCCUUCUCAACGAGCGGGCGACGUCCGUGCGCGCGGCUGCCGCUAACACAAUACGCCAUAUGUUGCCGUUGCUCAGGCUGUCUCCCGCCGAUGUGGACGCUAUAGCGGCCGCGUGCUUGAGAGCCGCACAUCCCAGUGACUAUGCUUUAAGGUGUGCAGUAGCAGAACUGCUGGGUGCGCUUAUAGCGGCCACGCAAGCUGGUGAAGUGAACAAUAUCAAUACGAAAACUAAAAUAGGCAUGCAACCAGUGGCAAAUAAAAAAGAUCCUCCGAAAAACGUAAUAUCCUUGGAAGAAGCUUUGAAUCUUUUGAUGGGCGCAUUUUUGCGAGGAGGAACAUCAUUCCUAAAGGGAGAAAUCAUAAAAUCUGGAUCAGGAGUCAAUAGAGAAGUUCGCGUCUGUGUAACAAACGCGUACGUAAUGUUCGUACAGAAUAUGGGCGGAGUGUGGCUCGAACGCAACAUGAGUACGCUACUAACGCAUGUUUUGGACCUGGUCGCCAACCCCAAAGCUGCCAGCUCGCACGUCGACGCUGUAUAUUCCAGAAAAUGUAUAAACUAUAUUCUAAGAAAUACAUUGGGUAAAAUGUUGGGCGAGAAAGCCCAAGCAUCCGCGUGCCGAGAAAUUAUUCAGAUAGUUGCAAAGCAGAUGAAUAGCAUUGACUUCAACCCAGAGAAUGCUAAAGACUGCAAUCAGGAAACCUUGUUCAGUCAACAUCUGCUAGUAUGCGCACUGACGGAGGCAGGUGAACUGGCUCAACAACUGGGAACAUCUGUGCAUAACUUGGUUGCGGAUACCUCACUCAAUAUGAUUGACACUGUUUGCUCUGUGUUAGAGCACCCGUGCGUAGCGGCGCGUCUAGGCGCGGCUUCUUGUUUACGCGGAUUGUGCAUAGCGCAUCCAGCUUUACUGGCGCCUCUACUGGACCGAUGCACCGACGCGCUGGAUGUUCCUAGACCUACGCCGCAUCGGAUAUCGGGAUACUCAGCAGCUCUAGCAGCUAUCUUAGGUGCAGUCAGAUCAUCACCACUGGGCGUACCUCACGGUCGUGGCAAGAUAGCGUUCAAUGCGGCGGAACAGUUGUUGCGGUCUGCUGGACAAAGCAGCCGCUUGACUGCCGCGAGAACCAACGCUGGCUGGCUCAUUGUUGGAGCUAUUUGUACAUUGGGUGUGCCUGUAGUUCGUGGCCUGUUGCCGAGAAUGUUGCUUCUAUGGAGGAACAGUUUCCCGCGUUCAGCUAAGGAGCUUGAAUCUGAAAAGGCAAGGGGUGAUGCGUUUACAUGGCAGGUGACCUUAGAAGGGCGGGCCGGAGCUCUCUCAGCCUUGCACAGUCUGCUCAUACAUUGCCCUUCACUCGUCAACAAUGACGAUACGGCCAAACGAUUGACUCAACCCAUAGAUGGCGCUAUCGCUGUUUUAACUAAUGUGGGAGCAGUAGUGCGCAACUAUGGAGGCUCACUCAAAGCCCCUGCAGCGUUGCUGCGAUUGCGGCUGUACCAAGCGUGCGCCGCAUUGGGCGCUGCGGCUUCCGCACCCGCGGCUCCUUUGCUGCGGUUAUUAGCCGCAGAAUUGGCAGGCUCUGCGGACGCGAGCGGCGCUAACGUUGCCACGGGUAUGCUACGAAGUGCUAUGCAUCCCCGAGACACUAUUUUACUUGGAGAAGAAGGCUGGAUAUACGACACCGAUCACGCUGAAAUUGAAGAACAGCUAAUAUCGCCGCUGAGCGCCAGCGGUUCGAGCGCUCUAGAGCACGACACGUGUUGUCUGUACCGCAAGCUGUCGGGAGCUCAACCGCUGGGCGUGGCUGUUAUUGACGCCUCCGUGGCGCUUUUCCCGUUGAUAUUCUCACGGGCGGCGAACAAACACAGACAACAAAUGCUUGAGCAUUUCGUGGAGUGCAUCAAAAUGUCCAAAGGGAGUAGACAGGAGGCUAUCCAAAUCAACGUGUACACAGCGUUACUUCUAGCGUUGCGUACUCUAGCGGAACAGAAGAGUUCCUUGGGAGCGGGACAAGACGCAGUGAAGACGGCCGCUAUGGAACUAGUUAUUGCAGGUCUAUCAGCAAACACCGCUACGGUACGCGCCGCGGCCGCGUCUUGCGCUGGACGUCUUUGUAGCUGUAUUACUGAAGCGGAAAGUCAGGCUUUGAGCGAAAGAGUGAUUGCUUUAGCACGAUCAGCGACGAGUCGGCCGAUCCGUGCAGCGGCUGCAGCGGCUGUGGGUGCGGUGCAGCGGGCGAGGGGCGCCGCGUCAAGCGCUGCAGCGCUGCCGGUGUUGAGAGCGCUUGCUCAGGAUACCGCUGCUGUUGAAGUACAGGUGUGGUCUCUUCACGCACUAUCGGUGCUCGUGGAUGCAUCAGGACCUAUGUUCCGAGGCCACGUGGAUUCAACUCUAAAUCUGGUGCUAAAGCUGCUAUUCAGCGCACCACCCUGUGUGGAUGAGCUGCAUAGAAGUAUAGGACGUUUGCUUGCGGCCUUGAUUACUGUCGUUGGACCCGAGUUGCAAGCGUGCGGCUGCGCAGCAGUAGGUCGGUUCGUGUGCGCAUGCGCAGCGCUACGGGAAGGCGGCGGCGCGGGCGCGGCGGCCGAUGCCAUUGGCGGGUUGCAGCAACUGCACAUGUUCGCGCCCAAUCACAUUAACCUGCACGCCUUGGUCCCGCAGUUAUGUCGGGAUCUAUCAAGUCCAGAAUUAUCUGUUCGUCGCGCGGCGCUGUGUUGCCUGCGCCAGUUGUCGCAAAAGGAUGCGGCUGAUGUAUGCAAGUUCGCUAUGUUGGCCACCGACUACGUGCCUGCCAGGCCGUAUUGCGGUGUCGUCAUAACGGACACGGGGCUCCCAGGCGCGCUAUUCGCAUACCUGGAUAUGGAACGUGAUAAAACGGCGCUGUCUCACGCCCGCGAUACUUUGACUUGCUGCCUACUAGCGGCGGCCGGGAACAGAUCUGUCAGAGACUGGCUUGUUUUGGCCAAGAAAGUACUGACUGUGAGAUUAGAGGAUAGCAGCAAUAAUGAGACAGAUUUCGACCUGGAAGGUGAUGACGACCAGGCGGAAUUUCAUGCUGAAUCAGAGCAAUCCACUCAUCCAGCCAUACAGCCCAGGUGGCCUACACGGGUAUUUGCAAUGGAAUGUAUUCAGAAAGUUAUGGGUGCAUGCGAAGCGACGGGAGACGGCGCGCAUUUUGAUCUCGUGAAAGCUAAAGAAAAGCUGUUGACUGAUCCAAACGCCGACUACCUUUCCCUCCAUCUUUCGGACCUAGUCCGUAUGGCGUUUGUUGGAGCGACGGGUGAAUCGGAUGCCCUAAGGUUGUGCGGUUUGAAGACGCUCCAGAUCAUUAUACAGCAGUAUGCGCGUGCGCCCGAACCGGACUUCCCCGGACAUUUGCUGCUGGAGCAAUAUCAAGCCCAGGUGGGCGCAGCGGUGCGGCCGGCAUUUGCAGGCGAUACCGCUUCCCACGUGACGGCGGCCGCUUGCGACGUGUGCUCUGCUUGGAUCGGAUGUGGUGUCGCGAGAGAUAUCAACGAUUUGCGUAGAGUCCAUCAGUUAUUGGUUACCAGUUUGGAUAAGUUAAACAAAAAAGGCAACACCACACUCAUAUACAAUGAAAGUAUGGCUACUCUGGAGAAACUGUCUAUACUAAAGGCUUGGGCUGAAGUAUACAUAGUAGCGAUGGUAAGCAAUGACAGCGCUCCGGGCAGCUACGUCAAACAACUCGACACCAAACCCGUCAACAAUCGCGCGGAGAUCGCUAAAUGGCGGAACCAAGUGCUCCAAAACAACAACCAGAUAGACAACGCUAACCAGGAGAGUGAAGAUGAAGAAUACGGAGAGUUUGAAUCAAAAGGAGAGAGUCUGUUGAAGCUUGUGGAGCCUGAGUUGGAGAGUUUGGGAGAGAAUUGGUUGGCUGCCCUGAAGGAUCAUGCGCUGCUGAGUUUACCACCGGAAUUCGCGUCUCAACUGCCGCACGGAGGCGGCGCGUUUUACUCAGCAGAAACGGCAGAAGCGUCGCGGGCGCACUACGCGCGCGCGUGGCCCUCCCUACUCUACGCCGCUGCGUUGCGCUUCAACGCUACUAUUGCCAACUCCAGUCAAGACACCGAAAACUCAGAAAAACCCGACAGCAACGUCGAUAAUAGAAAUAACAAGACUGAGAAUGGAAAUUGUGAAUUUUUCGAACCAGUUGACGAAAAAUUCCAUCUUCUGUUUGGUAUAUGCAUGGAAGCCCUGUGUGCCCAGCGCGAUAUGAGUACAGAGAACACAAUAACAGUUCUACUGUCUCUGGUCACUCUUCUGGAUGCUCCUGAGAAUAGAGCGAGAUUGCUUAAAGACAGAGCGUUAGCCAUAGAACUGUGCCAGAUCAUUCACCGCACGGGGCUCACGCAGGAAAGCGUGGAGGCGUUACUGCUGGCGGCCGACGUCCUGCAGCCCGUGGUCGCGGCCGCCAGGGAACAGUUGAGACGAGCUAUGCAGGACAAGAUAAAGGAACUAGCACCAAACGAACCAACAGAAAGCAUACCACAAUCAGUCCUAGAAGUGGUCCACACUUUAGGAGAAGGCGGUCCCACAGGAGACUUGCCCCCAGGGAAAUCCCUAGUAUUCGCCUGUUUGGAAGUGUGUGUCUGUUUGAUUGUUCGGCGGCUACCUUCCUUGAGCCCGUUGAAGCAGGAAGGGAGAGUAGGGGUUAUAGGGGUCCGUAAGGGGUUGGGGGUCCAUGGGGAUACGUUGUUGAUCAAGAGUUUGGCGUCUAUGUCGGAUUUAACCACGCUUACUAGUCCUCAAGGUGCCCUGUCACUUCUACCAACAAUACUCUACCUCGCCACGGAGAUCCUACGCGAGAGUAAAGGUGACCCUAUACUGGUCGACGCGGGGAUCCUCCUACUGCAGCAGGCGGCGGAAUGUAAGGUAGUGCGCGUGCACCCUGAGACAUCUGAACAACAUGCCUUACUACUACAAAGCACGCUUGGUACACUUGUGGACAGAGUCAAGUCGGAGGAGCCAGAGCAGCGUAUAGACAACGUAACGGGCGCGCGUGCGAUGGCGGCCAUAUUGGCUCGAGCUGCGCCCGCGCCGCCCUUGCAUUAUCCCUGCAUCAACCACUUCCGACAAUGCCUCGAUACUAGAGACCAUGAGGUGUUCGCGUCAUGCUGCACGGUGCUGCGCAGCGUGUGGUCGCGCAGCGCGCCCGCAGAGUGUGUGUCGUGGUGGGCGCGCGCACUCGCCGCGCGCGUCGUCACGCGAGCGGCCGCGGCUCGCCACGCUACCGACGCGCAGCACGUGAAGGCGGCCGUCGCUGCGGUUACUGCGCUUGAUGAGCUGGUGGACGCUGCACCGGAUGCCGCGCAGGAUCCUCACAAAGGUAUCCAAAUGCUUUGGAUUCUAGUGCCGAUAGUGAUCUCUUACUUACGCGAGGCUUCGGAGCUUCCUCGUGCGCCCGCGCACGUCCGCACGCUACACGAGUUCGCAUUGCACUGGCUAAUGCGCGUCGGCCCUAAGCAUCCGCAAGAAUUCAAAACAAUGAUGCAACAGUCAUCGGAGCUGCGUACGAAACUCGAAAAUGCAGUAAAAGCGAACCAAGCCAACCGCAACGCGCGGCGAUCAGCAUCCACGCGGCCCGCCUUCGACACUCGCCCCGCUAAACCUGCUAUAGAACUUAAGACAGACUUUAGCGACUUUAGGUAAACGUAUGAUAAAACUAUAAUAUGCAUAAGUGUUGAAAUCAUAUUAAGAUCGGUAUUGGUCAUUGACAAAGUUUAGACCGAUAUUGGUCAUUGACAAAUAAAUGUAAGUCAAAAAUCAAGCGAACCAAACUAAUCAAAACGUAUGGCCUAAACGAUUAGUAUCUAAGAUUUACGAGAUUUAGGAAAAAGUACUAUGUUAAAUUAUUUAGUAGUUAGUCAAUUUAUUAUGUACCUACGUAAUAAAAUUAUAUGUAGAAAUAUUCGAAAUGAAAUCAAUGAGGCUUGGCGACAAUAGGGAUGAUGACUACUCAGCGACUUUUUAUCAAACGUCAAAACGCUCGCUUAGUAUGGGAGCUUGUAUGAAAUUACACAGAAGGGACAUCAUAACAUUUGACAUAAUUUAACAUACUUUUUUCAGUUAAAUUGAUAAUUUAAAAUGCUUAGCAAACUUUAAACUAGCAGCAAAUGUGGACUUAACAAAUUUUGGAAUACUUUCUAUUAAAUAUAUAACUAAGAAAUAAUUUAUUUUUGACCUAGGCAUCAUCCCUAUUAAAGAAUUCUAGCUUUUCGACUUCCAUAUAAUUUACAGAUUCUAACGGUCGACGUCGACCGAGACUCAGUGAUGUUUUAGAGAGAUCCUGUUUAGGAGAACAAAUAGUUCACUGUGAUAGAAGGUUAAAAAUAAUGAAAUGCCAAACUUUGUUGUUGUAUACGACUGCUUAUUGAUACAUUAUAUCCAUCCACUGCCUUAUACUUCCAAUGAGUUAGGGCCAAUGCACACAACGUUGCGUAUUCGCACUGUAGAUGAAAUACUUCCUUCCGCAUUUAUUUUACUGUGUAGUGAUAUUAUAGGUUAGCGAAAUUCGCGUGAGGAAAUCUGUGUGAGGAAUUUUAAAAAAUCCAAAUACGAGGAGUAAAAUUCACCAUUUAUGAAAUUCCUUUUUUUUUCAAAUAAGUGGAGUGUGUCUGCGGAGAACUGAUUGUAAAUUGGUGGGGAAGAGCCAAGAUAUAAAGAAAGCACCUUUCGUGAGCUGAAUUUGUUGAUUACGGCCCGAUUUUUCAAUCUUCAAAUAAGUUAUCUGAGGAUUAAAUUUGAGGUUUUGACAGUUUUUGUGUAGGAAAUCUGUCCAAACGUCAGAUUUAUUCCUCAGAUAAAAGUUAUUUUUCGAUUAAAAAAGCAGACCUUAAAAAUCCAUUAAAGCCUUUUGUUUUGGACUCGGGAAUAAAAUUUACGUAGAUUUUUUUUAGUUAAAUAAAAACCAUAUAUUUUAAGUGUUUCUUGAAAUCAUUCCGCAAAUAUGAACUUUGUGUGCACUGUUCCUAACCAGCGUAUGAUGUUCCGAAUGAAUUCCGAUUUUAUUAGGCCUAGCACAGAUGACCGUUUUUCAUCAGUUGCAUAUUAAAUGAAAUUUAGAAACUAAUUAUAUACAUAUAUAACAUAAUAUAGUAAGCAUAAUAAUAUUUUAUGAUAGCUAGAAAUACGAAUUUGAAGGCGGUUGUCUAGAUUGGGCUUUAUAAUUAUUAUAUUGUAAUGUUAUUAUAUUCUAGUAUUUUUAAGACGGACUAUAUUAUUGUAAAUUAAUCUAAGACAAUAUUUAAUAAUAAAAUAAAUGUUAACAAAU